UCGCGCUGUUCUGAGCGGGCGCGUUGAAAUCGUUUAUACACGGUGACUCAUCGCGUUCACUAUGGCAAAUAUUGACAUUGUUAAGUGUUCUAAUUGUAACAUUGUUAUUAAUGAGCUCCUUACUUUUGUGAGGCAUGUGAUUGACUAUAUGGACGAAGAAAGCAUUCAUCAACUAUGCACUAACACUUUUUCGGAAGAGGAGAUGGUGAAGGCCAAAACGUUAUUAUUUGAAUCCGUUCCAAAUGCAAAAAAAAUGCCAGUAAGAAGAAAGCAGGGUAAGAAGAGGAAGUCCAGAGAUUUGGAUGAUAUCAUCGCCCUGAUGAAAGGUGGUGAUCGUGCGUCAUUUCCUAUUUUCUGUGCUCGGGACUUAGACAGAAUACCACCAGUAACGUUCGAUCAUGUCGAUGCUACCACCUUCAUUAAGGAACUUCUCGCCCUGAAAAAUCGCUUCAAUGUGAUGGAAGAAAAAGCGGUGUGUAAGGAGGAGUUUAACCUUUUAAAACAAGAAGUAAACAAUAUGAAAUAUGCGUCUUUAGCUGAUUCUUCUAAUAUUAAUUUAAAUAAGAGAAGGGGCGCAUGCUUACAAAAUAGUUUUGAUAUGGAUAGCGGGCCGAUUGGACUGCAAUAUUAUGUGCAAGAAGAUAUUGGCAUAAAACCAUCGCAAUCAGCUGAUAUUGAAAUCAACGAACGACUUUCGAUAAAUACUCAUCUGCCGUCAAAAAGAAUUAUCAACAAUGUUUCUGUCGCUCCUAUACGUGAGCCAGUUAAUGAGACGGAACCAACAUGUGAGCAGGCGAGACAGACAAGCUGCAGCCAUACGCGUACAACAGAGACAGAGAGUGCGCAAGUUGUGACGUCGGCGGAGGUGAUCGUGAGCGAUCGUCAGACAAGUGCAUCAGAUGGUGAUAGUGCGAGUGUAAACGAGAUAGCAUCUCAAUCGGUAGCGCGAGUGACGACGAGUUAUGAUAGUGACUCACAGCAAGUGUUGUUGACGGCGGACAAGGUAUGCAGUGAUGUGGCCCCUACUAAUGGUUAUUGUCGUGUCGCGUCCCAACCGGCCGUGCAUUCAUUGAACGCGAGCGUAACUCAUGGUUACUCUGCGAGCGCGAGCGGUCAGCCGACCGCAACCGCUGCUGCGGUGUGUAAAGAUAAUUGUGAACAAGUAGUAGGGGACUCGGAAUGGACAGUUGUGCGUAAAAAAUCUGCAAAACACUAUAAGUUAAUCGGUCAAAGAGGCUGUGCACCUAUUGCGCCUAACGAUAAAUUCAAAGCUGCGGAUAUUAAGAUCCCACUCUUAAUAUCCAAUGUUAGUAAAGAUGCAAGUGAAGAGGACAUUAUUAAUUAUAUAAAAGAAAGAACUAGCGAAUGUGUAACUCUAAAAAAGAUUAAUAUGAAGCAAACGAAAACGUAUAAUUCCUUUAAGUUAUAUGUCUCUAAAAAUAAAGUUGAUAUAUUUUUGAAAGAUGAUUUUUGGCCAAAUGGCAUCUCAUUUAGGCGUUUUGUACAUUUUAUGUACGGAACAAAAACGAAUAAGGUGAUUAGUUAAAGUUAUUGUAUGAUUUAAUUUAUGGAUUUACAGCCACAACAUAAUUUAACUUUUCUUAGUUUUAAUUGUUUGUUUGUCACGAGAUCAUUUGUUGACUUACAAAAUUUAUGUAAGGUGGCGGAUGUCUUAGCGUUACAGGAGACGUGUUUACUGCCGCAUGAAAUACCAUUACUUGGGACUAUUUCGAAUUACUUUGACUACACGGGCAAGUCAGCCGUGGACACGUCUGCUGGCCCGCUUAUCGGCAGGCCUUAUGGUGGGGUAGCCAUACUUUGGAGAAAAGGCAUUUUUGACCAGGUGAAUAUUUUGAACUGUACUAGUGAUCGAUUAGUAGCUAUUAGGGUUACACUAGGGCAAUGCUCGUUAAUAGUGUUUUCUGUUUAUAUGCCAAAUAAUUCUCAGAAAAAUCUUCCUAUUAUGACGGAGAU